UCCUCGAUCUCCAAGUCUGAGCACAUCGUCAUUAACGUCGGCCACCCGGAUGCUCCACGGUUGAUCACAUGCGUCAAGGCCUCGCAGGGCUUCGACUGGAACCAAGGCAAGCUCCACAUCUUCCUCCCCUCGUACGCCGACUACGACUCGAGCGACCUGGAGCGCCGCCAGGACCCCGUGCAGGACAUUGUCCUGACGGACGAGGAAGCGGCCAGCAUUUUCCCUCAGUAA